GAAAUUUCCACCACAGUAGAAGAUUACAGUUCUGAGGUAAAUGGUUGCAGUUUUGUGACAAGAACAGCUAUACCUGCAGACUUAAUGAGGGAAGAAGAAUUUGGAGUUGGAGAGAUUUGUUCUGAGCAUGGAAUGCAGCACUCUCACAUGCAGCUAGAGGUGAUGGAGAAUGAAUUGGCUGGGAAACAGCAAGAGAUUGAAGAGCUAAACAGAGAGCUAGAAGAAAUGAGGGCAGCAUAUGGUACAGAAGGAUUGCAACAGCUACAAGAAUUUGAAGCUGCUAUCAAAAAAAGAGAUGACAUUAUCACUCAACUCACUACUAACCUACAGCAGGCACGGAAAGAAAAGGAUGAAACUAUGAGGGAGUUCUUAGAGCUUACUGAACAAAGUCAAAAACUGCAAAUUCAGUUUCAGCAUUUGCAGGCAAGUGAAGCCCUAAGGAACACCAGCCAUAGUUGCACAGCUGCUGAUUUAUUGCAAGCCAAGCAACAGAUACUUUCACAUCAGCAACAGCUAGAAGAACAAGAAUGUCUGCUGAAGAAUUAUCAAAAAAAGAAUGAAGAAUUUGAAGUGCAGAUUACAUGUCUUCAAGAUAAAAUCACAACAUAUGAAAUGGAAAAACACAAAAAUGAGGGAGAAGAUUUGAGUAAACUACAAGAAAAAGAAGCAUUAGUUGAAGAGCUGGAAGCAAAACUUGGAGAAGAAGAAAAAAAAUCAUUUCAGCUUAAGGAAAAAUUAUCAGAUGUCAGUAAAUUACUUGAAGAAUUGAAAGAACAGAUUUCACUAAAGAACCAGGAGAUAAGUAGUAUGAGAGUUGAACUUACCACCUACAAACAGAAAGAAAGACAAUGUUCUGAUGAAAUAAAACAAUUAAUGGGAACUGUGGAAGAAUUGCAGAAACGAUGUUAUAAAGACAGCCAGUCUGAAGCUGACAUUGUGCAAAGAAUGGAAUUAGAAACACAAAGGAGACUGGCACAACUUCAGGCUGAAUUAGAUGAAGUGCACGGCCAGCAGAUUGUACAAAUGAAGCAAGAAUUAAUUAAGCAACAUGCAAUGGAAAUAGAACAGCGUCUUUUGCAACAAAAAGUAGAAGUGGAGAGAACUUCAAGUCUAUGUUUGAAUGAGAAUGUUAAUAAAGAUCAAAUGCAUUUAAUGAAUAUUAAAAUUAAUGAAUUGAAUAUGAAAUUGCAAGAUGCUGAUAAUGAAAGGGAAAAAAUAAAGCAAGAAUUGUCACAACAGAUGGAAGCCAUUUCAGCAGAGAAGUCUCUUCAACAAGCUAAAAUUGACGAUCUUUUCCAAGAACUGAAUUUUUCAAGAGAGCAGGUUCAAAGAGCCAAACAAACUAUAGUGGAUAUGGAAUGUAGGUUAAAUGAAGCUGAAAAAUACCAGUUUGUGAUUGAAGAUUUAAAAACUCAGCUGGCUUCAGCCUCUGAAUUUAGGAAGGAAUUGGAAUUAAAACAUGAGGCAGAAGUCACAAAUUACAAAAUAAAACUGGAAAUGCUAGAAAGGGAGAAGGAUGCGGUUUUGGACAGGAUGGCAGAAUCUCAAGAAGCAGAAUUAGAGAGAUUGAGAACAAAGCUUCUGUUUAGUCAUGAAGAGGAACUUUCCAGACUUAAAGAAGGCUUACAAAAAGAGCACAUGGUGAACAUGGAAAGCCUUAAAGAUAACUUGAAUAUGCACCAUAAACAGCAGUUAGAUGUGGUACAAAAUGAAAUGAGUCAAAAGAUAGAAGCCAUGCAAUAUGAAAAGGACAACUUAAUCACAAAGCAAAAUCAGUUGAUAUUAGAGAUUUCAAACCUAAAAGAUUUACAGCAGUCUAUUGUAAAUUCUAAAUCUGAAGAAAUGACACUUCAAAUCCAUGAGCUGCAGAAGGAGAUUGAAGUGCUUAGGCAAGAGGAAAAAGAAAAAGGUACCCUUGAACAAGAAAUUCAAGAGCUGCAGCUUAAAACUGAGUUGAUGCAGGAACAAAUGAGGGAGAGAGAAGAUAGUCUUCAAAAAAAAUGUUCAGAACUUGAAACACAAAAUAACAUUCUUAAGGGGGAAAACAAAACUCUGGAAGAGAAAUUAAAAAAUAUGUUGGUAAGCUCUGAAGAAAAUGUCAUUUUUAAUAGCAGUGUUAGCUCUAAGUCAGAAAUUUUGGACUUGCAAAAAAGAAUAGAAAAGCUGAUUACUGAAAAUGACCAACUUAAAAACCAAAACAGUCAACUCCAAGAGGAUACUGAAAGGCAGAAGAAUGCCUUUUCAUUUACUGAGAAAAAACUUGAAGCUAAUUAUAAAGAGCUGCAGAAAGAAUGUGUGAGUCUUGUGAAGGCAAAAACUGAGUUAGAAGAGAACAAGAAUAAGCAGGAAGCUGAAUAUAAAAGCAAACUCAAAGCUUUGAAUGAAAAACUUCACCAUUUGCAAAGCAAUAGACAAAUUUUAUUUAAAACUAAAACUUCUGGGUUUGAAGGGAGUAAAGACAUCAAGGUGUCCAGGGCAGACACAUUUGAGGCUGGAGAAGUUAUUGAGAAAGAUGCAACAGAACUUAUGGAAAAGCUUGAGGUUACCCAGCGUGAGAAACUGGAAUUAUCCCUGAGACUUUCUGAUCUCUCUGAACAGUUGAAAUCAAAGCACAGUGAAAUUUGUCAUUUAAAUGAAAAAGUUAAAUCCUUAAAAGAUGAGAAGGAACAAGUUCUAGCAAAAUGUAAAGAACUAGAAGUCAUAAUUAGCCAUGCUCAGAGAGGAAAUAGUAGUAGUAAUGACCCUAAGACAAAAUGCUCUAAAGGAAAAGCUCUAAAGACUGCUGCUCCAGCAUCUGAAAGUAGAAAUAAAGCUCCUAGUCCAAGGAAUAAAGUUGAUGAAGGGAUAAAUGUAAGAGGAAAUCUAGGUUCAGGUAAAGAUAUCAGUCAUGAGAUAACAAAAAGAAAGGAUGUUCAGCAAAUGUUGAAACCAGAACAGCAGUCUCUUGUAGAAAAUUUGCAUGGAAUGACAGCCAGGCUGACAGAUGAAACAUCAUUAAUAGCCAUUAUACAAAGUGAAAAUAAUAAUCUUCAGCAGCAAGUGGAUGCCUUAAAAUCAGAGCAGACUGAUUUACAGCUACAGAUGGAAGCACAGCGCAUUUGCCUAUCCCUGGUUUAUUCAGCUCAUGUAGACCAGGUUCGUGAGUACAUGAAAGCAGAAAAAGAGAGUGCACUUUGCAGUCUUAAAGAGGAGCUUGUACGUAGUCACCUACAAGAGAUGAAUGAUCUUAAAAAAAUGCAUCAGCUGGAGCUCCAGACCUUGAAAAUUCAACAAGCAGAUGAUGAAGUCAGAUCUACACAAAGACUUAUAGAAAAGCUGAAUGAAGCUGUAACUGAGGAAUGUUCUAGGCUUGCUCAGGUAAGACUUAACAAAGAGGAAUCCUUCUUCCAAGUUUUGUGUGACAAUCAGAAUGAAUAUUCUUCAGCUGCUGUAGAAGUUAGUGAUAGUGAACAGGAUAUUUUCAGUAGUCCUGCUGCUGUGAGAGAAAGACUGAGUGUAGAAUUACCAAUACACAGAGAUCAAGCUCAAGCUGUGCAAGAACAUAUGGAUGCACUUCUACACAAGAUAAUGGAAGAAUAUAGUAGGCUGAGAGCACUUCAAACACAGCUGAUGAAGGAUUGUGAACAGGCCAAAGAACCAUGGCUAUCUUCUUCAGAAAAGAGGAAAGAAGAGGAACCUAGCCACCUGGAAAGAAGAAAGGAAUGUCUGCAGACCCCUUCCCAGGGUCUAAUGGGAAACCUUAAAACACAACCUGAAGAACAGCAUGCUCGAGAACUGGAACACCUCCGGUCCUGUUUCCAACAGCAGCUGAAAGAAAGUGAAGAGAGAUACACUGCAGAGAUUGUCCAUCUGCAGGAUAAGCUUCAGAGGGCUGGGGUAUCCUCUGACCACACGAGUGUAUCCACAGAUUCACAAAUAAAGCUAAAAGAAGUCUUCAGGGAAGUGAAGUGCACUGAAAAUCUUCAUCAGCAAAGAACAGAUGAAGCACUGGAGCUUGCUAGUGAAAUUGAAAUGCAGAGUGAUCUGGAUGUUGUUCAAUUGCUAGAAAAACAGUACCAAGAAAGAUUAGAAGAAGAAAUAGCAAAGGUAAUUGUGUCAAUGAGUGUAGCAUUUGCCAAACAGACUGAAUUGUCAAGAGUUGCUAGGCAGAAGGAAGAAGCAGCACAAACAGAGUUUGUACAUCAACAGAGAACACAUUUUGAAAUUAAAAAGCAAUGGAGUGAAGAAGAGGUUGACGGCCCUCUUAGAAAAGCCACAGAAAAAGGCAGUAAGCAUGAAGAAGAAUUGAAAUCACUUUGCAAGGAACUUACUGAAGAGUCUGGUGAGAUCAACUCACUUGGAGAACAGCUUCAUUCUAAUAGCAAGCCUGGUUUCAUAUUAGGACAGACCACACAUGAAUCAGUGAUUUCUGAAGAACUCUUUUCCCAUGUCAAAGGGCUUACAGCGGAAGAAACACUGCGCUACAGUGAGAUCACAGCAUCAGAUACAGAAACAUCAAGUCAGCUGUUGUUAUAUGAGGAACGUUUGGAAGACAUGCGACAGGAGCUAGUACGGCAAUAUCAGGAACAUCAGCAGGCAACAGAAUUAUUGAGACAAGGGCACAUGCAGCAAAUGGAACGUCAAAAAGAAAAUCAAGAGCAACUCUUAGCAGAGCUUGAGAGUCUUAAAGUGCAAUUAGCUGAGCGUGUCUCAAUGGAGAAUGACAGCCUGGUUGCAGAGAGAGAGAGAAUGCUUUUAGAAGAACUGGAAUCACUAAAACAACAUUCUGUACCCGGAAAAGAGAGGCUGUUUUGUGAGCUACAUAACAACAGCACACAAACAGAGAAUGAAAAUGAAAACCAAAACGAUGUGAGAGAGCAGAUCUUUGAGGAUGAAGAUGGAGGAAGAAAGCCUGAUGAAACAUCUUCAGCUCUUCUUUCUAAAGAAAGGCAUGUUUUUCAGAAGGCUAAUGAGAAACUCGUGAAGAUUCUUUUAGAAGUUGUGAAGACAACUGUGGCCAUGGAGGAGACAAUUGGUCGCCAUGUUCUCGGGUUACUGGAUCGGUCUGGGAAAGUCCAGCCUUCCAAACCAGCUGGAUGGGACACAGAGACAGAGGAGUUAGUAAAACCCUGUAUCCAUGUGGGAUAUGAAAAAGAGUCCUGUUCCUCAUAUCAUGGUACUAGUAUGGGAGAUGAUGACAUUAACAUGUGGUCAGGAGCAGCGGAUGAAGGACUACUGAGCCAACAUUUUGCAGAAAGUGGAGUGGAAAUAGAUCCUGAAAAUGAAGAACUCGUUCUGAAUAUUAGUUCUCGACUACAAGCGGCUGUUGAAAAGCUUCUGGAAGCCAUCAAUGAAACUUCAAAUCAGCUUGAACAUGCUAAAAUUACUCAGACAGAACUCAUGCGAGAGUCCUUCAAAAAGCAACAAGAGGCCACAGAAUUUAUGAAGUAUCAGGAAGAACUACAGGAACAUCUUAAUGAAGAAACCAAAGCCAGAGAGCAGUUGGCUUUGGAGCUUAGUAAGGCUGAAGGCCUCAUUGAUGGUUAUGCAGAUGAAAAAGCAUUUCUGGAAAAACAACUUCAGGAAAAAAUAGAUGUAAUUGACCAUCUUGAGCAAGAACUACUGUGUACAGGUAACAAAUUGCAGGAGUUAGAGGCUGAACAGCAGCAGAUCCAGGAAGAAAAGGAGUUACUCUCCAGACAGAAGGAUGCCAUGAGAGCAGAGGCGGGGCCAGUAGAGCAGCGCCUAGUAGAUGCUGCAGUCGAUGCAGCUUCCCAAGCAGAAUUGCUGGAGGAAACAGAAAAGCUAAUGAAAGAAAAAAUUGAGGUACAGCGUCAAGCUGAAAAAGAGUACGAUGACCUCCAGAAGCAAGUGAAAGUCUUGGAAAUAGACUUGGAAGAACAGGUCAAUCGUCUCAUAGAGCUAGAGCAAGAAAAAAAUGCAGAACUAAUGGACUUAAGGCAGCAAAACCAGGCUUUGGAGAAGCAACUGGAGAAAACAAGAAAAUUUCUAGAUGAGCAAGCAAUUGACCGAGAGCACGAAAGAGACGUAUUCCAGCAAGAGAUACAGAAGCUGGAACAACAGCUUAAGAUUCCACAAAGGAGUCAGCCUGUCAAUGAACAUCAAACCAGAGAGGUUGAACAGUUAACAAAUCAUCUAAAAGAAAAAACAGACAAAUGCAGUGAGCUUUUGCUCUCUAAGGAGCAACUUCAGAGAGAUAUACAAGAACGAAAUGAAGAAAUUGAGAAACUAGAAUGCAGGAUAAGAGAACUGGAACAAGCCUUAAUCAUCAGUGCAGACAACUUGCAAAAGGUGGAGGAAAGGAAACAGUUUGGCACCAUCAUAGUAAAAGGAGAAUUACCUCUUGAAGUACAACUGCAAGCUGAACGAGAAGCUGUGGACAGAAAGGAAAAGGAGGUCACGAACCUUGAGGAACAACUGGAGCAGUUUCGAGAGGAGCUAGAAAAUAAAAAUGAAGAAGUUCAGCAAUUGCACAUGCAACUAGAAAUUCAGCGAAAGGAGUCCACUACACACUUGCAAGAACUUGAACAAGAAAACAAAUUAUUUAAGGAUGAAAUGGAAAUACUGGGACUAGCUAUCCAGAAAUCUGAAGAUGCCACCAUAAAGGACCAUCAUUUAGUGGCUGGGAGGCUCACUCACAUCAUGCAAGAAAAAGAGCAGGAAAUAGAUCAUCUUCAUGAACAAAUUGCAAAACUGCAACAGCAACUUGAAGUCACAACUGACAACAAAGUUAUUGAAGAGCAAAAUGAGCAUAUACGGGAGCUUGAAGCCCAGGUAGAAUGUCUGAAAAGUGAUCAAGAACGUGUGAAGAAAAAAAAUGAUGAGGAAGUAGAGCAGUUGAAUGAUGUGCAGGAACUGGCAAAUAUUGAACAAAAAGUACCUGCAGACAUUGCUGCUUUUCAAGAAGAUGCUGACAGUCUGAAACACACACUUGAAACAGUUCUGGCAGAAAAGGAAGCUUUGGAGAAGCAAGUAGAAAACGUAAAUGUAGAGGCAUCUCAAACAAAGAAUGAGCUUGAGGAAACUAAGUUUAAAAUGAACCAGCUAAAGCAAGAAAUAAGUAUGUUAAAAAAAGAGCAUGAAAGAAUAACAGAGAAAUAUAAGUGUGCAUUGAUGAAAGGUGAUAGGGAAAAAACAGAAGAUAGGAGCAAUGGGGAAACUGGAAAAGUGGAAGAAGGCUUAUGUGAGAAGAUAGAGUUGCUAGAUCAAUCCCAGCUUAGGUCUUCAGAUGAGAAUACAAGAGUCACCAUUAGCAAGAUGGAGAUACAACUGCAGCAACUUCAGGUAUGCAUUAAGGAAAAAGAUUCAGAACUGUUCCAGUCCUACAAUGAAAUAAAAGACCUGAAAGAGCAAGGCAAAGCUGAAAGAGAAACACUUAAAAAGAGGAUAUUAGAACUAGAAAAGACACUGGUGGAAAAAGUUGCUGCUGCUCUUGUGAGUCAGGUUCAGCUAAAUGCAGUUCAAGAGCAAAGGAAAUUCAUGCAGGAAAUUCAGGAAGGUUCAAAAUGUGUGGAGGAAGCAAGCAAGAAUGCCCAAACAGAGGGUUUGAGUGAUAGAACUGAAAAUGAGACGGAAUCAAAAUUAUCACUCUUAACACAGAGGCUUAGUGAGAUGGAGGACCAACUGGCAACAGUAAAUCGUAACUUGGAACUAGAAAAAGAAAAUGUAGAAGUUGCACAAAAGGAAGCUAAAGUGAAAGAAGAGAGACUCUUAGAACUUCAGCAAUUACUAGAAGAGGUUCAAGAAAAAAACAAAGGAGAGAUUCAGAAAUAUGUUAAGCAAGAAGAAAUGCAGACAUAUGAG